AUGCAUCUUAAUUCGUCACAUCACCGUCGUCUCCAUUAUUCCCUUUCAAUUGUUGUCAUUUCAAUUUUAAUCUUUUCCAAAUUCCCAACAUUUUGUGUUGCAUAUGAUACAUAUUUCACCCAUUGGGAGGAUCCAGCAAGACAAUUAUACCUUUUCGAUAGUUUUACAGAAAAAGACGGAACUCUUUUGAUUCAGUUCGCUCAUUAUAAUAACAAUGACCAAACAUGCAUUGAUCCCGAUAUAAAUUUAAGAAUUGUAUUUCCCGAUGGGACUGUCAAGUCGUUAGAAAUCGCUCAUCAAGUUCCAGACUAUAAUUUUUGCAUGUUAGAAAAGGUUUUCAUGAAUUAUUUUAUCAAUAAACAUCUGAUCCUCAUAACAUAUUUUAACGGAAUGGAUGAAGCGACAACUAUACAUACGGGAAUGAUAAUUGAUUUUGAUGGAAAUAUUUUGCAGUAUAUUGAGAUGGGAAUUGGAAUUGGAAAUGUUAAUCGUAAUAUUAACGAAGAAACUGGAUUUAUGUGGACUCGUCUAGUAAAUGAAACUGCAAUCGCAUGGUCACGAUUUGCACCGAUGACUUCCAACCCUAAACAAGUCAUAAAGGUUGGAUCAGGGUUUAUUUCAACUCCAAAUCCGUUAUCAGUCAUUAGAUCAUACGAUAUGUUUAGUUCAAGCGAUGGUGGUAAUGGUUUCGUCAUUGUGACCAAACCUUAUAAAACUGCCAAUGAUCCCGUCUCGGACCCGGCUUGGGAAGUUUACUCGAUAUUUAUGGAUAAAACCGCAUCGGAAACUAGUGCGCCGUAUUUAAUCUAUCAAUCACCAAUCGAUUGGUCUAACGUGGAAUUUAGUUUUUGUCGGAAAACCGCAAAUGGUCAAGGUUAUAACUGUUUAAUGUUUAUUGAAACGGCAGAUGCUUUAACACAACCGCAAGCUAAAGCAAAAGAAGUGGGAAAUGUUAAAACGACUACGACGCGUUAUCGUUUAACAUUUUUAACCAGCGGUUCUGUAACAAGUAUUAACAAGUUAGAUAUGGGCAAGCGACCUCCUAAUGAAAAGGUUGAUACCUUUAACAUUUUAUUUGAUGGAAGAUUUCUGGUUACUUAUGAUUUGGGUGAUAAUAAAAAAAAUGGAAUGUUUUUAAAGCAGGAUGGUGAAUAUGAUGGGGAAUGGGAAGGUUUUAAUGGUGAUAUCAUUCAUUAUGCAUAUAUUGAUCGUAAUGAUACGAUAUGGGGGAUGUUAUACCAAGCGAAUGCUGCUAGCUGGUCCAUAAUGACCAAUCCUUUACGUGACAAAAAUAUGGUUUAUAAAUAUAAACACAGAAAUCCAAAUAUCCUUGAUACGACGCCCACCGACAUGACCGUAAGAUCAAAAAAUUUGGAUAGUAUCUCAAUAAUAUACGAUAAACCCAUAUUGUUGUCUCCCGGAAACAUCUCGAUUUAUCAGGUUAUUGAUAAUUUGAAUGAUUUAUUACGCCAAUCAUAUUCCGGAAUAUCUAGAUAUAUUUCAAUUACAGACGACUCAACCGUAAACAUCGAAAUAUUUCCAAGUACUUUUAAUAAUCCAAGCGCAAGUUAUUUCGUCACCGUUGAUGAUAACUUUGUUAGCUCUAAAAAAUUUAACGAGGCGAUAAUGGGAAUCAACAAGAGAAUUUGGUUUUUAAAUACAUCCAUACAAGAACCUGAUCCAUGCAAAUCAUCGGCUUCUAUUUUAUUGAGAUUUAAUGCCGUUGGAACAAAAUAUCUAAAAUAUCUCGAUUCGGGAGAAGUAAACAUCUUUUAUAAUGACCUAAUGAAUGAAUUUUCUGAAAUCAUUCCUAUCGAAAGAUAUAGGUUAUCUGAUACGGGAAAAUUUCAAAACGAUCCCUUUGAUUCUAAUAAUUUUGUUCUCAUGCAAGUGAGAAUAUCACAACAAGAUGCAAGAACAAAACCGUGUGCUAAAGACAUAGUGAGUGUCUUGGACUCUUUAGUUAAGAAUAAAUAUUCCACUCUUAUAUCGCGAUUUCCUCUAUCUAGCAUGUUGGAUGAAAAUUAUGGUGUUUUGUUAACGCCCGAGGGAUGGAGUCUUCAAAUGAAAAUGAGUAUAUUAUUUAUCUUAGGUGGAGUCUUAUUAGUUACUGGUGUAUUCUUUAUAGUAAGGUAUCGAAAUCCACAUGCGCGUAAUUUUUUCGUCUUUUCAUUUGCAAUAAUAAUUUUUGAUUUUAUCUUGGACGUAGCAUUCAUCGUAUAUAAUACACAGACAGUUUCCCCAUUAUACAUACCAAGGUCUUUACUUAAUAUUUCUUUGUCUUCGCUUCUUGAAUACAUUCUAAAUAUAUCUUUUACCUUUACUUCCAAACAAUCUACAAAUGAACCAUUUAGAAAGUGGUUCAUGGCUAAUACAAAAGUUGUAUCAUUAUUGACGAUUCUUGCUUCAGCCGAUAUUAUAUAUUUACAACAAAAUAGUAUUAUUUACGAUCCAAUUCCGGUAUUUGCCCUAAUAUCCGCCGGCAUUUCAAUAUUAUUCAGUCUUAUUGGGAGAGGAUUUGAUACAUUAUUUUACCAAAUUCCUUUCUCCGAAAGAACAGGAAUCGGCCAAGAAUCUAUACAUGAUGAAAAAUCUUCAAUUGCCAAUAAUGAUGAUACUUUAAAUAAUUCAGAAGAUGAUAAUUUAAGUAAGACGAAUUAUAAAAAAAAUGGCUCAUCAAAUGAUAUUAAUAAUAAUAAUAUAAAAAGAGUUGAAAUAUCCGAUGAUGAUAAUGAUAUAAAAGUUGAAAUACCCGAUGAAAAUAAUAAUAUUAUGGAAGAAGUUGGAAUAAUCGAUGAAAAUUAUAAUAUGAUGAAAGAAAUUGAAAGAAAUGAUGAUAAUAAUAAUAUGAAAGAAGUUGAAAUAACUGAUGAUAACAAUGAUGUUACUGGUGUUGAAAUACCUGAGGUUAUAAAGGAAGUUGAAACGCACGAUGUUAAUAAUAUAUAUAAGGAUGAUAUUAUAGAAGCUGAAAUGUCUCAAAAAAAAAGUGAAUGA